ACAAAUGAAAGGUGCUGCAUGCCGGCGAAUGAUUGAAUAGGAACCCCACUGGGAUCUGUUCAUCGACGAUCAGCAUGGAACAACUCCCACAGGAAGUCGAUUUAUACAGAUGUGUUAUCGGGAAACACACCCUGAUUUCGCAGCUAAAAAUACCUGCAGAUAUUGCUUUGUCUCGCGAUAGCGGAGACUGUCACAGUCCCAAAGGUCCACAUCGUUCCAAAGAUUUGGCCAAGACAUUUUUUAAGCAAAGGUUGGGUCCCAAGGGAGGGGUCCCCUGGGGAUAGCUUUGUUACAAAGCAAUUCAAUAUUCAUUUCCGUGACGUAGCCGAAUCCCACAUGCUGUGCCUUCAGCUUUCAGAGAAAUAUUAUCACGACUGGUUUGCAGUAGUGCCGAGAGUCGAGGGAGGCCCAGGGAAGUGGGUUUGCUCGACACGCCGCUGUGUGCCCGCCAGCCCGCCAGUUCGGCUUGAGGAUACCGGGCCUAGGUUCACAUAUAAAAUGUAGAUUAUCCGGCAAGUGUCACAACUUGUACCGCGUGAGGCGUAGUUAUAAAACACAUCAGACGCUGUCUCCCGAGCGCACACAGGUGAACAAUUAGUACAACACACCAUCAGCUUUAAACUUCAAUGUCCAUGUCAUCGGGGUUAAUUAUGUUUAAUUAAUGACUAAAGACUGUGAACUCUUGACAUUUUACGUUGGCUAUCCCCAGUAUGGAGUUGUUAUCGUAGACUGAUUAGCGGCACACAGCACGACCCCCCGGAGCUGCGGGACCAGGUAACAGGACCAGCCGUGGACAGGUGCGACAUCCCGGGGCUGACACACCUGUGUGGCACGCUGACGGCGGAUCUGAAAUAGGUGACCAUUAGACAUUGACCAGCCUCAUGUCUAGAAGAAAACAGGCCAGACCUCGAUCUUGUAAACGAUCAGGAGAGGAAGAUGAUGAUGUUGAAGGAGAGAUUGAACCAGUCCUUGAGGAGGAGGGGGACGAGGAGGAGGAGGAGCCAGUGGCCAAGAGAUUGUGUGUGUCAGAUGGCGAUGAGCAGGGUGACAUUGGCCUCAAGUUGAGCCACAACUCUGACGUAGAGGGCGUUGUCAACGGUAACCGCUCAGACUCAGGAGACACAGGAGAGUUCCAUUGUGACACGUGCGGGAGUCUGUUCGGAAACCUUGAGCAGUUUAUGGACCAUAGGAACUUUGAGUGUGUUCCAGAGUUUGAGGGCGAGAAUCAGCCGUGGACAAUAGACAACUUGGCAGUUAACAUGGGUCCCCCGGAGUCCCCGCUGUCCUCCGAGUCACUAGGGGACAGCCCACUGUCUGCCCUCGACUGCCCCCUGUCACCUGCCUCGGAGAACAUGACCCCUGACCAGGUCCCCUCGGGGGUUGGCGUGUCUGACGUUAACCCUUACGGCUGUCAGUUCUGUGAGAAGGCCUUCCCCAAGCUCAGCUAUCUGAAAAUACAUGAACAGGUACACAGUGACCAGUUGCCAUUCAAGUGUGCGUUCUGUAGCCGUCUGUUCCGACACAAACGGAGCCGCGACCGUCACGUGAAGCUACACACAGGGGACAAGAAAUACAAGUGUUCUCAGUGUGACUCAGCCUUUGCUAGGAGUGACCACUUGAAGAGCCACCUUAAAACCCAUGAGAAUGGGAAACCAUUCCAGUGUACCAUAUGUAACCGUGGUUACCAAACUCCAGCAGCCUUGACCUCUCAUAUAAUGACCCAUAAGAAGGAGAGAGAAUCAAGCCCUGAUCUGCAGUGCCAGCACUGUAAGGAUAUGUUUACCUCCCUGGCAGAGUUACAGAGUCACAUUCUGAUCCACCACGGGGAGAAUGUCCCAGGGAAGUCCUCGGUCCAGUGUUCAUACUGUGGAGACAUGUGUCCUAGCCAGGAAGCUCUCAAGCUCCACGUGGAUCAGGUGCACAUUGCCGACCAGCUGACCAAUUGUCCCAUUUGUCAGAAGUCAUGUCUGAACACUGAUGACCUGGUACACCACAUGGCCAGCCACGACCUGUUGGCUGUUGACCGUAUACCCACUGAUGACCAUGACCUCACAGGCUCCAACACUGGAGCCACACCAAGCCUCACCCACUCCCUUGGGGGCCAGCCCUUGGUCAGUGAGAUGUUAGUAUGUCCUUAUUGCUUCAGUAGUGAUUACGAUUCCCUAGAGAUUCUGGAAAUACACAUGCAGAGUGUACACUCAGUAAAACCCACAGAGGUCUACACCUGUAACUACUGUAACGCCCCCUACCAGAACCUAUACAGCCUGCACGAACACAUGCGGGCGGUGCACCAGAACCAGCCCUGCAUGGACAUCAAGUACCCAUGUACCCACUGCUCUCGUCAGUUCUCCAGCAUAGAGAACCUCCAACAACACAAGAAGCUAAUCCACUACUACGAACGUCGGGAGAGGAGUGAGUCUCGGGAUUCUCUCUACUGUAUCAUGUGUUCCAUGGCAUUCCAGUCAGCAGGUGCACUUCAGGAACACAUGGCUAUGAUGCACCACUCGUCACCGAAGUCAGACCCCAAGUAUACAGACACCAAGCCUCACUCGAGUGCCACCAACAAACGCCGCUCCUCACUGCUGAAUCACGGAUCAGUUGGGGGAUACCACCAGAAGAGAGACAAUGACAAAUCAUUUAACAGACGAGGUAUCAACAUGCAGCUCAACUUCACUUCUACCCCAGACCCCCAUAAAGAGAGGAUGCCCACAUCCUCACCGUUCCAGGAACAGAUCACCUGUGACCACUGUAACGCCACAUUCCACGACAGGAAGAACUUCCAGGCCCACAUCAAGCACCACCUGGAGAGCAGUGCUGGUGGACAGUACUGCUGUAAGCUGUGUAAGCAGCAGUUCCCCACUGAGGACCAGCUGGAGAAGCACAGCUCCACACACUACCUCAGCAUGACUACUGAGUACGGCUGCACCAGCUGUGUCAAGUUCUUCUCCAAACCAGACGAACUCCAGAAACACCUGAUGGAUAUACAUGCUCACCACCUGUACAGGUGUUCACUGUGUAAGGAGAUCUUCGACUCCAAAGUCAACGUACAGGUUCACUUUGCCAUCAAACACAGCAACGAAUGUAAGCUGUACAAAUGUACCAAGUGUGACUCCGUGUUCAGGUCGGAGAUGGAGUGGCAGGUUCAUGUUAGAGUGAACCAUCUACAUGUCGCCAAACCGUACAGGUGUCUGUUCUGUAAGGAGAGUUUCUCAUCAGAGAUGGACCUACAAUGUCAUCUGACGACUCACAACAAACCUUUCAGGUGCCCCAUGUGUGAUGAGUCUUUCCAUGUGGAGUACCUCCUAGACAAGCACAUGCAGAAUGCCCACGGGAAUCCUACUGACAAGUCCCUUCCCCCUCCUCCACAAAUGUCUCCAGUAAAAAUCAAGGUGGAGCGGGACAUAGAUACGCCAAGUUUUAACGACAGGACACCUCCCCACCCCAGCCCCAGAUACUCCCCUAAGAACCUAAAUGGGCCAGGGAUCUGGAAGAGCUCGGAGCUGUUACACACUUGUAACAUCUGCGAUAUGAAGUUUGAGCAGCAGACUUUGUUACAGGCCCACAAGGCUGUAGAUCACGGACUCUUGGCUAAAAAGUCAAGUACAUCUAGUGCCUCUGUCAGUCCAGAACAGAUUUCAGCCAUGAAACAUGAGCCAGACCAUCAGCCAAUCAGAAAGCUGGCUAUGCCUGCAGCUUCUAUGGAAUCUGUGGCUCCUCCUGUUUCCAUGGCGUCACUAGCAUCCAUCACAUCAGCGACCAUGACUUUACAGGAACGGCUACAGACAGACACAACAAUGCCUCCUGCUGUUAACAAUCAUUCUCCUGUUACCUCCAAGUCAAUGUCACUGCCUGUUGUAGUCAUCAGCGAAAAGCUUAGCUUAGCAUGUAUGUAUUGCAGUCAAACUUUCAAGAGCAGAGGUGACCUGGACAAACACAUGAAGAUUCACCAGAACAAUGGUAGCCAGAAGUGUAACAUUUGUGACCAGGUGUUCCCCACCACUAGUAUCCUUGCAGAACACAAACUCACCCACUGCAAGAUCGUGCAGGGCAAUAACUGUGUGCUUUGCAAGAUCCCCCUCAAAAACGAGGACCAGUUCUACGUGCAUACACAGGAGCAUGGCUUCCAGGGUACUUUCAUGCAGUGCCUGAUAUGCCGACAGACACUGGCUUCGAUGGUGGAGCUGCAGAUGCACGGUAAACACCAUUUCCAGGUCAAGUCCAGCUUUUACACAUGUUGUGUCUGUCUCAAAACAUUCAACUCCAAAGAAAACCUGGUGUCCAAGAUGAACAGCAGUGGUAGAACCUACUAUGUUUGUAAACCUUGUUACCAUGGAGAACACUCCGAGUACAUAUGUUCUGAGUGUGGAGCAAGUUUCCCCACCAACGGCGAGCUGGACACACAUAUAGGCACACACAAGAAAAGUUACCAGUGUAUAAAGUGUCAGGAGUCGUUUAGUAGCGAGUACGAGAUUCAGUUACAUGUGGCCACACACAUGAUGACAGAGGGCAAUGUUCAUGAUUGUAAACUCUGCUCAAGGACCUUUGAGUCACCAGCCAAGUUACAGUGCCACCUUAUAGACCACACGUACAGGAGCUCCGAAUUCAGAUGUAGUGUUUGUUGUAAGAUAUUUGCCAGUUCUGCCGAGAUCCAAACUCAUGCGGUAGAGCACGGACCUGGUGCUCGGCGCUACGGAUGUAGCCAGUGCAACCAGAAGUUCUUCUUCAGUGCUGAGCUGGAAAAUCAUGCAUUCAUGCAUACGGUAGGAGAAAACUCUCUGGCCCUCAACACGUCAGAUCUCACCUGUACGGAGUGUAACAAGACAUUUACUAGCACUGUCAAUCUCAACAACCACAGGAAGAUCCACGAACGGAAUGAAAACAACUUCAAGUGUAAUAUAUGUCCGGAGGCAUUCCACAGUAUGGGGGCUCUACAGGGCCACUUCUUCUCCAGUCAUAGCCACUCGGAACUCGACAAACAAACGUACAGGUGUCCAGAGUGUGACAAGGAGUUCCCCUGUCUGAGUAACCUACAGGGCCACAUGAGGAUACACAGACUAGGGAAGGAGAACCGUAAGGCCCACUUGCGUCCCCACCCCGGGGGGAAACCAUUUCUCUGUCCAGUAUGUGGCAAGUCAUUUGCCAAGAAAUAUCACAUCAAGGAACACAUGAGAGUACAUUUUGCUCAGGAUUCCAGCCAGAUGGCCGACAUACAGAGCUUCCUGGAGGUGGACGUAAACAGUGACAAUGCCAGUAUCACCAGUGAGGACAACAGUAUUGACCUAGCCUCCGACAUGUCCUACACAGAACAAGAUGGAGGACAACCUGGAGGGGCUACAAACAAUACACACAUCUCUAACGAUGUAAAACAUCAUGUUGAAGCAGGCAAGGAGAGAGAACAGUCCGCUGUUUAUUGAAAUGCAAACACUUGAUAAAAUGGAGGUCAAAACACAUCGACGGUCUAUUAAAAUGUGAACCUUUGGUCAAAGGGAGGUAAAUGGAACUGAGAGAUUGUCUAUUGAAAUGUGAAUCUUUGAUUAAAGGAAGGUAAAACGAACAGUGUGCUGUAAAUGGAAAUGAGAACCUUUGAUUAAAGGGAGGUAAAAAGAACAGCGAGAUAUAUAUUGAAAUGUGAGCUAUAGAUUCAAGAGAGGUAGAAUGGUAGGUAGUCCACCAGAGACUUAAGUCUGUGUGUAACUGGUCGGGCUGUAAAUACUGUUAGGGGACGUGACACAAACAUUGAAGUGUUGAUCGUACAUUGAUAGUUUUAUUUCUAGUUAUACUGUUAGUGUCCUAGAAAUGUUGACAAGUUUUGUAUCUUUAUUUCAUUGUUUAUACAUUAAUGUGAUUCUAUUCAAAUGAUUUAAAGAGAAUUUACAAAUUAAAGUUAUAGUAUAGAUAUUUAGAUUUGUAUUGUCCUAACCCUGACCUUCAGCGCUAAUGUCUGUUUCAAGGAGUCAAACUCUUAUAUGAUCAAGUGCUCAGUUUGUUUAGUACAUUAAAACAUUCCAACGUAAGAUGACCAGGUUGACAAUUUUUUUAUUUCAGUUAUUUAGAAUUUUCCUAUGAAAUUGACAUUUAUAGUGAAUGUAAAAUUGACAGUCAGGAUAUACAGGACUUGUAAAGCUUGUGUUUUAUUUGUAUUUCCUUAUCCUCUUGUUACCCAGACUGUACUCUGCAUGAUACUUACAAUCUCCUCUCUCCUCCUAUAUAUGGUACCUUUGAUCAGAUAUGCUCUUUAUUAACCCUUUCACCCCUAUGUAACUUUAGUAGACUCUACCAUGCAUUGAUAUGGAUGGGUCCAUUAUGAUCUACAGUGGUGAAAGGGUUUAGGCAAGUUUCACAUGUAUGUCAUUCUUAUCUAUCUGAGUUGCCUCCCCUCAUUAGAACUCUUUCAUUAUAGUGAUACACACUGUCAGUUCAGUUACAGAUUGAAAGGCAACAUCUGAAAAUUUCAAUUUCUUCAUACCUGCUAUUUUGUGUUAUUUGUUUACAUUCAUCAGGUAGUUGGAAGUUCCAGUCACUUAAGGUCUGGUCUGCUUGUAAAGGGUCAAGGUGUAAUUUAGAUGAUCCCCUUUAUCUUAAGUAUCAUGUCAUUGUAUAAUUGUGUUUUAAAUUUGUAAAGUUGUCAGAUUCGAAAAAAAAUAAACAGCCUCCAGGCCAUAUUGGAUUUUGUAUUGAUAUUCCAUAUAAAGUGCUAAAGGGUCCAUUGGGUGAUGAUGAAAAUUUGUUUGAUCUCCUCUGUCCUCUGAUGUAUCUUUCUAUUCCGUCUUUGCUUAUUGCAGAGUUAUCUUCUCUUGUGAGCAGGUAUUAAUUGUAAAGUCAUUUGUU